AUGACACUUGAUGGUCCAGACAAUAAUGCACUUGCAAGCGUCAACUUUACGUGCCGCUACCGUGUCUCCCCCAAGCUUUUGCGCUCUCGUCCUUGUGGUUCUGGACAUUAUGUAUUGUGUCGCAUUGGCUACAAUCAUUUCGCUAUCUGUCGUCUUGCGCUAAUUACACGAGAUGGUUUGGUUCAUCAUGAACAUGCUCCAAUAGAUACGACUGUCACACUAUCACGUGAUUCACGGUCGUUCCAUGAAUUGGAGCCGUGUCUACUUAUCCAAAGCAACAAAUGUAUUGCUCAUAGUGAUGUAUGUCAGGAUGAUGAAGUAUUGUGGAUCUCCCGAGGGGCUGUGCGCGUUGCUGUGGCGGUGACACUGGAACUGGUGCCUUUAUCGAAUUCGCAGCUACAAGAUCAAGCAUUGCAAGACGCUGAUACUCGCUCUUUGCUUCAACAGACACUGCAGCACAAUUUUGUUAUUUGUACAGGAGCAAGAGUAAAGCUUCCAAUGCUUGAUAGUCUCGUGGCUAAAAGUAGAGGCAAGAAUAAUGAAGCUCAGAAGCUGUCCAUGACGUUCCGUGUCGUGUCAACGUACCCUUCACAAGUCUUUGUACGAGUGACACCGAGCACACGUGUAACAUUGACGGGUCCUAGUGGAUACGAUCAACUCAAACAAGAAAACAAAGCGAGUAGUGACUUGACUCGGACAAUGUCAGGUUCCCAACAGCGCAAAGGAGUGGAGAUGGGAGGCAUGGAAAAAGAGCGAGCUGCUCUUCGUAAGCUCAUUAUGCUGCCAAUCGCACAUCCACGACUGCGCGUGGAUAUGGGUGUGGAGCUGCCAAAGGGCUUGCUACUCUGUGGUCCACCAGGUGUAGGCAAGACGCUGCUUGUGCGUUCGGUAGUACAUGAGUGUCAUCAGGUAAAGGAUAAGUCUGGCGCGAUGUUAGAUCUGAAUUUGCAAGUCAUUAAUGGACCUGAAAUUAUGACCAGUGGACGCGGAGAUGCUGAGCAAGCUCUUCGUGGAACGUUUGAAAUGGCAGUGGCCCAUGCUCGCAGUGCUCAACACGCUGCCAGCGUCAUCUUUAUUGACGAACUGGAUGCACUCUGUCCAAAACGCGAAGCUGCUGGAGGAGGUGCUUCGUCAGCACAUAGCCGCAUCGUCGCUCAGUUGCUAACGUUAUUGGACGGUGUCGAGUGUGGCAUUUCGCAUGAGAACGUAGUGGUUGUCGCCGCUACAAACCUACCAAAUUCGAUUGAUCCAGCAUUGCGUCGUCCAGGAAGAUUUGACCGUGAAAUUUUUCUGUCCCCGCCAAACAGAGCGUUGCGCAAAAAGAUUUUUAGGGUGCAUCUUUUGCAAACACCCUACGCUCUCAGCAGUGGAUCGUCUGAAAACGCGGAGCAGCUACGUGACGCCUUUCUUACUACAUUAGCCUCAAAAGCCAUAGGCUAUGUUGGUGCUGAUAUUGCUGCUUUGUGUCGCGAAGCUGCUAUGAUAGCAUCCGCACGGGAGCUUGUAGCACUAUCUCGAAACCGCGAACUUGAGCAAUGGUGGGCAGACUGGAAGCGAAGAGUAGAGUCUCUCAGUAUCCAGAAGUUGUCGACAACACUCGGCUCCAUAGUCGCCGGUCGAGCUUGGCAUGCGAACCCCGCUGCAAUCAUUCCGCUCUGGUUUUUUGCUAAACAAGCCGCAAACAACGACGCUACCAACUCAGAAGGCGAUCCACAACGGCUACCAGAGCUUGAGUAUUUCAGCUUUCUACUAAGUAGCAAUGGGAAACAAUCAUGUGCUCCCUCGUGUCGAUAUGAAAACGAGGCAACAAGAGCGCAAACCUUUGAAGUGACCAUGGAAGACUUUGACCAAGCUAUGCAGACGGUCGGGCCAUCAGCUCUUCGAGGCGUCAGUGGAUACAUGAAAGACUUUGAACGACAAGGCUGGGAGAGUAUCGGUGGUCAAGCAAAUACGAAGCUGGCGAUGCAGCAGGCACUUGAAUGGCCCGUCAAGUUUCCGCAGACUUUUGCCCGUCUUGGAGUCAAACCUCCACGCGGCAUAUUACUGUAUGGUCCACCAGGAUGCAGCAAAAGCUCAAUUGUGCGGGCAGCAGCCCAUACGAGCGGAGCCACCUUUCUUUCGCUAUCGGCGGCACAGGUCUUUACGCCGUUUUUUGGUGACGCUGAGGCCGCUGUGCGCCAGGUCUUUCGAGAUGCACGUGCAGCACUUCCUGCAAUCGUCUUUUUUGACGAAAUUGAUGUAAUCGUUGCCAAGCGCGAAUUCGAUGGCUCUGGGGACGGAGAGGGUGGAACCUCCACUGCAAUGCGCGUGCUCUCCACGAUGCUCAAUGAAAUGGAUGGUGUUGAAUCAGCGGAAGGGCUCUUAGUCAUUGGUGCAACUAAUCGGCCAGCUUGUAUUGAUGCGGCUCUCAUGCGGCCUGGACGAUUUGAUCGCAUGCAAUUUGUAGACCUACCGACCGAGCGCGACCGCGUUGAUGUUUUACAAAUUCACUCGCAUCCAAUGCAGCUGCAUGAUGAUGUUGACCUGUUUGAUUUAGCAAAGCGCACGCCAUAUUUUAGUGGAGCCGAACUUGAGAAUCUCUGUCGUGAGGCAGCGCUGCUUGCUCUUCGCGAAUCCUUGGAUGCCGAAAAUGUUCGCAUGGAUCAUUUCAAUCAAGCUCUCCGUUGUAUCACCCCCGUGUCAUCAGAAGAAUCAAUGCGUGACUAUAUCAAAUUUGCUGAAGCAAUGGGUCACAUAUCAUAG